AUGUUUGGAAGCGCUAGUUCGCAGCAAAAUGACGUUCGGUCCCGCGCGAUUGGACAUGGAUUUUGUGACGCCAGCGAAAAGGCGUAUGGAGCAUGUGUUUACCUUCGAACUAGGAAUCCUGAUGGGCAUAUCUGGACGCGACUCCUUACUGCGAAAUCAAAGGUAGCUCCCCUCAAAUCUCAAACCAUUCCAAGAUUGGAACUGAGCGGAGCACUUCUUCUGGCGUCGCUGACCACCGCCGUCCUUCAAGCAUUGUCAAAACCCAUAACGCGCAUCGUUUAUUGGACGGACUCCACCAUCGUUCUUCAUUGGAUUAACACGUCGCCCCACACGCUGAAAACUUUUGUCGCUAAUCGAGUGGCAGAUAUUCAAAGGCAGACCCAGACCUCAGAAUGGCGUCAUCUUUCCACAACGGACAACCCCGCGGAUCUCAUCUCGCGAGGUCAAACACCAGAAGAUCUGCUACGAUCAACCAUGUGGCAACAAGGACCGAAAUGGCUCCAAAAAGCUGAAAAAUACUGGCCGAAAUGGAACCCUGUACCAUUGACCGAAAUACCAGAGCAGAAGAAGGCAACCUGUUUGUCUUUGAUUUCCGCUGACCACAGUCUACUAGAGAGAUUUUCCUCGUGGCCGAAAUUAAUCAGAAUCACAGCUCGCUGCCUACGAUGGCGGCAACCAAGGCAUCGAGGGAACCCCCUAACCGCGCAGGACUUAUCCAUUGCGCAUAACAAAAUAAUCAAAUUGCUCCAACGUUGCUACUUCGCUGAUGACAUUCGACAGCUCCAAAUCAAUCAAAAGUCCACAUUGAAAGGGAAGCUACAGCGACUCAAUCCCUUUUUGGACAAGGAUGGGAUGCUACGAGUUGGAGGCCGACUCAGUCACUCAACACUGCCUUUCAGCCAGAAACACCCCAUCAUCUUACCCAAGUCAACGGUUACGACGCUCAUAAUCGAGCACGAACAUCGCCUGAGUCUACAUGCCGGGACUCAAGCCACUUUAUACGCCCUCCGAAGAUCCUAUUGGCCAAUCGAUGGCCGCAGUCAAGUAUGGAGCACGUUGAAGAACUGCGUACGGUGCUGCCGAGCUAAUCCACCUCCAGUGGAUUAUGUAAUGGGCGAUCUCCCAGCAGCACGGAUAACAGAAUCACGGCCGUUCACCAACAUCGGAAUAGACUAUUGCGGGCCCUUUUUUGUCAAGGAACGAAAGGAUCACAACCGACGGAAGAUAAAGGUGUACGUGGCAAUCUUUAUAUGUCUCGCAGUAAAAGCAGUUCACAUUGAGCUGGUUAGUGACCUCACAAGCGAGGCUUUCAUUGCUGCACUACGAAGAUUCAUUGCUCGCCGAGGAUUCUGCUCAAGUAUCCACACGGACAACGGCACCAACUUCGUCGGCGCAAACAACGAGCUCCGAGAACUACGGAACCUCCUACGGUCCGACGAUCAUAAGGCAAAGGUUCAGUCCUUUUUAGCCGACAGACAGAUCGAGUGGCACUUCAUUCCUCCCAAUUCACCGCAUUUCGGCGGGUUGUGGGAAGCUGCAGUGAAGUCUUUCAAACGACACCUCAGACGUGUCGCAGGUAACGAGCUUCUAUCAUUAGAGGGCCUUAACACCCUCAUCAUUGAGAUCGAGUCGAUCCUCAAUUCCCGUCCGCUGACUCCGAUCUCCACCGAUCCAAACGAUCUCCUCGUCCUUACUCCCGGUCACUUCCUUAUCGGAGAUUCACUAACAUGUUUACGAGAUCGAGAGUUCACAGAUACUCCAACCAAUCGUCUAUCCAGCUGGCAACAUAUUCAACAGCUCAAGCAGCACUUCUGGCGCCGCUGGCAUCGAGAGUAUCUCAAUGAGUUAAACGUACGCAACAAAUGGAGCAAGGGGAGUCACGACAUUCGAGAAGGGACCAUCGUCCUCCUCAGAGACGAUAACGCCCCCCCAAUGCAAUGGCCACUGGGCAGAAUCAUCAAGGUCCAUCCCGGCGCAGACGGCAUCAUCCGGACGGCUACCGUUCGAACAGCAACGAAUUCCAUAGAUCGGAGCAUCAAACGGAUGGUACCACUACCGAGCAGAUCGACACCAGAUGACUCCAACCUAAUCAGCAGCAACGCGGACUAA